AUGACGAAUAGUAAAAUUGGAAACAUAGCACUGGGAGAGGUGGAUGUCGAAGAGGAGCAGCUUGAUGAAAUGCCACAAGCUCCACAACAAAACUACCGACGCCGUAGACAACAAGACAAUGUGCACCCACCUCCCCCACUUCCACCACCUCCACAACCACAAGCCGUGCAACACCUAAUUUUUCCCAAUGAAUGGCAUGCUAAGUCAAUUAUCACAAGAAAUGGAAGAGGAGAAAAUGAACCCACCUCAAUUGAAAAGAAAUUUGUAAAUGGUGACCAAAUUAUAAAAGAGGAGGGAAUCCCACAAAAUGGUGUUCAAGUACAAGAUGAUAUUCAGAUUGAUAUUGAUAAUAGAGUGGAGGAGACCCUAGAAGAGGUGAAUCCGUCUAGGGAAAACAUCAUUGAUAUACUAGAUUCGGUGGUGCAAAAGGCUAAGGUACCCUUGCCAAAUCCUCCACCCUAUACCCUCAAAGGCUCUCUAAGCAAAAUGUUGGUGGAUCCUGAUACUUUUACAAUUCCUUGUAUUAUUAGAAGUGCCAAUUUUGCUAAAUCUCUUUGUGAUCUUUCGGAAAAUAUUAAUCUGAUGCCCUAUUCGGUGAUCAAACCUUUGGGGAUUGGAAAACCAAGACCCAUAACUAUGAGGUUGAAAAUGGCUGAUCGUACAAUGAAGAGACCGUUGGGAGUGAUUGAGGAUGUAUUUGUCCGAGUUGAUCAAUUUAUUCAUCCGGCGGACUUUGUGAUUCUAGAUUGUGAGGUUGAUUAUGAAGUGCCUAUCAUUCCUGGGAGGUCUUUCCUUUCUAUGGAUAAGACCCUUUGUGAUGUUGAAGUCGGGGAACUCACUUUUGGGGUUGGUGAUGAACGAGUGGUAUUUCAUGUGUGUAAGUCUAUGCGGCAACGAAAUAGCAAUGAGGUGUGCUCUUUUGUGGAGUCAGUGAACGAUGUCAUUGUUGAUGAUACUACUACUAAAACAAUGUUGGUAGAUUCCAUAUUGGCAGUCUUGCAAAGGAGGAAAAAAGCUAUUAGAUGGAAUUUGGCAGAUAUUCGGGCUGCAGAUCUAUUGCUGAAGCUCAGAGAUGGAAUGAAGAGAAGUGCGGACCGCACACAAUUUGUGCGGCCGCAAAUCAAAAGACUAUGGAAAAAGUAA